UUUCAAGAGAAUAUAACCGUAAAUUGGUUUUUAUUUCUCGCCUCACUUUGCGUAGGUUAGUCGCUCACUCCCAAGUCUUAUAGUGACCAACUGAAAUCGAAAAUUUAUCAACGAAUUUUCAUAUUUUUAAAAAAUUCGUUCCAGGUUCCUGGCUAUUGAGAACCACAUGUAAUAACGCAUUAACGGAUUUUUCUGAUUUUUAUUUUUCAGAAGUUUGUGGGAUCCAGACUCUAUGAAACCAACAAAAACAGCCUCUUAAAAAAAAAACCAUUCGACAACGUUGGCCAUCAGCUACGGAUCGAUCCACCAAAUUUUGGCGACGAUCCAGAAACGGAUCUGGAAAUGAAGAAACGAAGAAGCUGCCCAGCCACUGAAAGGAAUCAAUUCCAAUAAUAAUGGUCAGAACCACAAGAAAAACACCAAAUAAAUGCCCCCUCUCUAGAUGGAGCUCGAGAUGGAGAGGGGGGGGGGGAGGAGGAGGAGGAAGGGUCCCCCUUUUCAAAGAGUUCUAGUAUAGCUUUGAGAAGCAGCCGUGCUUCCUCAUUAUUGGAAGAUUUUGUCCAGCUCGACUGAAGGUUGAAGUGUAGUAAACCUCUUCUCGGUCUGCUCAGAGGGCGUGUAUGUGUAUAUAUACGUAUCGAUACUUCCCGAUCAGAUUGGUCGCGUAGUGCCGCAGGCUGAGAUCGAACCUCUAACGCUGUGCUAAGGCCUAAAGACGUCGAAUGAGUUCUAGAGAGGAAAUGAAAAAGUAGGAAGCUGGAUCUCGUGGCACUAAUUACACCAAGUUUCGUCAUCAUUAGCUGGAGAUAGUUCUUGAAAUUUGUUAUGAAUGGCGACAGAAACAGCUUCACAUAAAUUAUGGAGGAAGCAGAUGUGGCAUCAUCAGCUACAAGAGGAUGAUGGGCUGCUUCAUCCCCAGGCUGAGGCUGUAGUUACGAGGUACAGACGUCGUAGAAGUCAUUAGUAAAAGUAACACGACAAAACCAGCAAGUUCUAUCCCAUUGAUGUCAGCGGGACGAUGGCCGGGUGUGAAAAUAAUAAUGGUUAUCGGGAGGAACGUCGACUGAUGGGCUUAAUGAUGUUGACCGUGGCGCCAUCUUCUUAUUGCCCAAGACCACUCGACGAAAAUGUAUGAAUAUACGACAGAAUUGCCAUUCGGGUAAUGGAAUCGCAUCUCCUGAAGACCCUCGCGUCUCAGGACUCACCAGGUCAUCAUUACUUCAGUCAACCCAAAGAGAGAAAAUGGCAGUUCGUGGAGUUCCUCAGGACUUCAAGAAUAGCACCUUCUGAGAAAAGCUGUUUUGCCACCGACUGGUGCAGUUUUGGCAGUUGACGAAUACAUUUUUGCCAACCUUCUGAUAGAAACAGUUUUGACAGCCUGCAGGAGCAGCUUUGACAGUCGACAAAUACAGUUUUGCACACCUUCUGAGAGAAGCGGUUAUACCAGCCGACAGAAGCAGUUUUGGCAGUCUAAUAAUACAGUUUUCCACAUCUGAGAGAAGCAGUUUUGACAGCCGACUGGAGCAGCUCUAGCAGUCGACAAAUAUAGUUUUACCAGCCAACGAGAAGACCCGCCAGAUAAAACCGAACACUCUUUGUCUUCAGCAGUCUCAUGCAGCUUCCCUUCUAUUUUUCUAAGGAUGCUAAAAGAUUUCCUGCCUUUAUGACUCUCACUUCUUUAUCGACAUCCACUUAGAUUCCGGAUUCUUUGCCCGUUUCUCCUAUCCGUGCAUGCAGUAUCUCGUAGGGAAUAAGAACUUAAGGUCACGCCUGACUCCACCUAACGGACAGACAGCAGGACCUGCGCCGCCUAACCUGCCCCGUCACGGGCGUGGGUAUCCUGACCUACAUACUUCGCCGAAGGGCGGCCGCAAACACGAAUUAAGGAGUUGCAGAGCUUGCAACUGCUGGUGGCAACCUUCCAUGAUUGCAUUUACACAAGGUGUGAUAUCCCCGUGCCAUCCUCGUUUCUUCAGGUCGCCAUCAGCAUCUACGAGACAAAUCAGAGCCAUCGUUUGAAGCCUAAAGUUGGGGAGACGGUGCCAGCGGAGGAGCAACCCGAGAAAGACCGGAAAAUGAAGGAUGAAGAAAAAAAAAGAUUGCCGGGGAAUAAACAACUCAUGAUGAAUACUGGAAGUGAUCCAACGUCCUGAAAACGAUGUUGCUUCUGGCAGGUGAAAUUAAAAGAUUACCUAAUUAAUGGAUUACUACGUUUAACUCAACGUUCACAGUCUUAAAACCGCUGUGAAAAUACUUAGAAUUAGAAGAAGGAGCAUCACAGAAACCUUUUAUUGAGAAGCCAGAUGAGUUCAUCACUGACUUUUAAAGAAGCAGGGAAAGGGAAGCCAGUUCCAGUUCGCUGCAUGAACUUAAUGGGAAAUAAGAUUUAAAGUUUACCACAUAAAGUUUUUAUAAGCUGGGAUGCCAGUUUCCAGUUGCAUCACACAAACAGAAGUAAAUUAUACUUGUCAUGGAGUGUGAAUAUUGUGUUAUGACUAUAAUUCAUGGAUAUUGUAAGAAGUAUUUCUCAAACAAUGGUGAACUAAAUCAGUCUAUAGUGAAGUAAUCAGUCUAUAGUGAAGUGAAAGUUACAAAAUGGGCUAUUAAUAAGAUUCCAGAGUAGCAAAGAACUGCACCAAGAAGGAGUUUCAUGUAAUAAAUAAGCAGACUGAACUGUUGGAAACUUUAGUGUUGAAUUCACGACAAGAGUCCUGCAUUCACGACUUACCAUAAAGCAAUGAAUAAGAAAGAACAACUUAGAAACAUGACAUGGAUUACAAACCUGCGCACAGCAUUCUCUGAAGAAUACAGAAUAUCAAACCCAUCAAAGCAAAUGCAUGUUCAUAGUAAAAACCAUUCUCGACAUGCUGUUGAAUGAUGAGACAUUCAUAGAGAUAAUGCAAGGACAAGAACUGCAGUGGCUAAUCCUAACCUGUGUGCCUUCACAGAAGAAUGAUUAACAGAAUAUCAAACCCAUUACUGCAUCAGCAAAUGUAUGUUCAUGGCAAAUACCAGUCUCGAGAAAUUCAUGGAGAUCAUGCAAGGACAACAACUGCAGUGGCUAAUGGCUAAUGCUAGUUUGCUGAUGGUGCAAGAAUAAUAAGACAUUAUAUGGACUGUAGGUCCCUACCAAAGUAAUAGAAACUUUAAAUAAAUACCAGCUCAGCUCAGAGUUACCAAUCCAUUAGCAUUACUCUGAUGACAAAGUUGAUAAUCACUCAUAGACAGCCUUACAUAUUACCUAUGAUAACAGCAAAUUCAGCUUUAGUCCGCAAUCCUGAGACAUUAAUGACAGUAAAUAAAAUGACAGUUGAUGAGGAACACGCCCUGGGCCCUACAGUAAAUAUCAGCUGUGCAGACAGAUGACACCAACAAAAAGAAACAAGCUCUUGGUCCUAUAAUAAAUAUCAGAUGUGGCCAGCAACUUAGCUCAAGAGAUAUUGUGUAUCAGAGGACUGAUACAUCAAUAGUAAGGAAAAACAGCAGAAUAAGGCAGUUCUAUAAAAUUUCAACUAAUAAAUAACAUCAGUUCAGCUCAAAAGUGUCACUGACAACAAGCCCUUCACUCAGCAACAAAAAUCAGUGGAUUGGACAUUUUUUAACACUAUAUGAUUAAAGAUACCUCACAGUACAAUUAUUUAAGCUUGCCAAAACACUUAACACACUAUUGUUUACAAGUGAAAAUCACAUAAAGUAAAGAUGCCUCACAUUACAAUUAUUAAGCUAACCAAAACACUAACAUCAAUUGACUGUUAUAAAAUCAAAACAAACAUCAAUUGACUGUUGUAAAAACGAAGUUCUCAUUACAAUACACAUCUUUCAGCUAAAUAUACAUACCUCACUAACAAGUUUUCUAAAACCACUAGUAACAUUAUACAUACCUCACU